AUGAUAUGGACUCAUUGUCUUAUUCAUCGAAAAUCUUUAGCAUCACAAAAUAUGUGUCCAUCGUUAAAUACCGUACUUCAAACAGUUAUAAAAGUAGUUAACUACAUAAAAACAAGGCUUGUUAAAGCAAGGUUCCUUAAAAAGAUGUCUGAAGAAAUGGGAGCAGAGCAUACAUGGCUAUCAAAAGGAAACAAACUAGUACGAGCAUUCGAACUUAGACAAGAACUUUACACUUAUUUGAGUGAAGAAGGUCCUAAUGAUUUUAACAACUUUAUUGAUAGUGAUUUUGUAAUUAAAUUAGCGAAACUGACUGAAGAAAACGGUAAAACCACGUGUUUUUCACUUUUAAAAAGUUUUCUUGAAGAUUAUGAUCUUGAAUUACCAAUGAACUCACUAAAAAUAAUUUCUGAUCAUUUGAUGACUCUUAAAAAUCAUUUCGAGAAAUAUUUUCCAGAAAACAUCGUACAAUACAAUUGGAUUAAAGAUCCGUUUAGUGAAAAACCAUUACCAAACUUCACAACUACUGAAGAAGAACAAUUAAUUGAUAUUUCAUUUGAUUCUUUAUUACGAAUGAAAUUUUUUUCAUUUUCACUUUUAUAA